AGCUGCAGUUAACAGGUUUUAUGGGAAGGAGAAGCGUUAGAGGAAAGAUGGAAGACUUCCAGGCCUCCGAGGAGACUGCAUUUGUUGUUGAUGAAGUGAGCAACAUUGUAAAGGAGGCUAUAGAAAGCAUCAUCGGUGGCAACGCCUACCAGCACAGCAAAGUGAACCAGUGGACCACUAACGUCGUAGAACAGACUUUGAGCCAACUCACCAAACUGGGGAAGCCAUUUAAAUACAUUGUGACCUGUGUGAUCAUGCAGAAGAACCGUGCUGGGUUACACACCGCAAGUUCCUGCUUCUGGGACAGCUCCACAGACGGAAGCUGCACAGUCCGAUAGGAGAACAAGACCAUGUACUGCAUCAGUGCCUUUGGACUGUCCAUCUUGCCAGCCUCAGCC